UGCUUAGCCAUGAUUUGGACUUGACGCUUUGAUUGAAAAUAAUUUCUUUCAGAGCUUAGUUGUAAAAAUAAUUUCUAGUAAUGUGAGCUCAAUGCCUAGGCUGGUCUGCCAAGCCGAGCCCAACCCAGUUUAGUGGGCCUUUGGCACAACAAAAAGUGAACUAAUAUUGCCAAGUAAGAACAGGAUGAUAGUAGUAGGAGCAAACUGAAGGCGUGAAUGGUGAAGACUGAAGACUUAGAGGGACCCAAUGGUAGAAGACGUCAAUCUCCAGCAUCAGACAUAAGUUGAAUCAUAUUACUGUCAUUAUCAUUUCAUUACCAUCCAUUCACUGACACCUAAUCCUAAACUCAAGAUUGGAAAAUCCACCACCACAUCUCAUUUCCUACGCAUUAACUUUUUAUGCACUCUUAAGAACGAAUAAUACUCCUCAGAAACAGUCCAUUUCACAGCAAAAAAAGAAUUAAUACCAUUACCAUUAUCACCUAUUAUCCAAAAGUGGAGUACUAAUAAUCAGUAAUGCUAAAUCUGACUUAAUCAUUAACCUUUCUGAUUAUUCCCACCGCAAAAAUGGCAGAAAGGGAGAGUGGAAUCGGCAAUGAAGGAGAAGGAGAUAAACUAAAAGGAACAGUCAAAUGGUUUAAUGGUUGGAAAGGGUUUGGCUUUAUUACUCCUGAUUUAGAAACUGAAAAUGAAAAUGAAAAGGAAGAUGUUUGUGAUGAUGUGUUUGUUCAUCAAACAUGUAUAAUAUUUGAUGGAUUCAGGACACUUUAUGAUGGUCAAAGAGUGGAAUUUAAGGUGGAGUUUGCUGAGGAUGGAAGAAGUAGAGCCAUUGAUGUGGUUCCUUUAGGGAGACGACGUCGUACUGGAGUUGUUGAGUGUUACAAUUGUGGCAGGUUUGGUCAUUUUGCUAGAGAUUGCUAUGCUCAUCCAUCUGCACCUGCUGGUGGUGAUGAUGUAAGACCUCGUGGAAGAGGGCGUGGUCGUGGAAGAAGAGGCGGCGGUGGCCGAGGAGGUGGUGGAAGAUUGGAUUGCUUUAAUUGUGGGGAAGAAGGUCAUUUUGCCAGGGACUGUACCAAUUGAUUUGGAAAUGUUCAAUUUUGGUUCUUGGGUAUUCUGUCGUAUAUAUAUAUAUAUAUAUAUAUAUAUAUUUCUAAUUAUAUUGGACCGAACACAGGUUAACUGAACUUGAUUGGAAUGGGUUUUACACCUUUGAUUCAAUUGUUGAACCUAUAGUUUUUCGUUUUGGUUUUUUAUUUUUUAUUUUUUAUUUUUUCUUAUUUUUCCUUGUUAAUGAAUGUAAUAUUACUUCAAUUGUUCAUGAUUGGUGAUUGCUGAUUUUUGGUUGUAUUCUUGGUUUAUAUGUUGCCAUCAACUCUUGAUUGUGGCUUGUGAUUUUUACUGUGUCAUGUCAUGUACUGCCUCGCUGUUGUUGAUGAGGUUACUUGAUCAUUGCUUUCCGUCUGAAUUUAGAAAAAUAGGUUUGGGCAACCCAAACUACAAAAAUUAGGAUUGUAUGAGUUACUGCUUAAGUUUAUAAAGUGACAUCUUCUUCACCUAUUCUCUGAUACAGGAUAUCUCACAUAUGGAUAAUA